AGGAGUCAAAGAACUCAUCCAGAACCACCCAGGAGAGCUUUUGCACCAUCUUGAAGAGAUUUAAUCAGAAUUAGGAGGGUAGGAUUUUUCUUAAACAUCACCUGCAUCUGUCAAGACAUGGAGCCAUGACCCACGUGGAAGAGCAAGACUCCAGCAGCCACAGUGAGGAUGACAGCCUCAACGACAGCUGGUCCUGGUUACAGACCAUGAACUAUGUGGGUCAGUUGGCGGGCCAGGUGUUUGUGCAGGUAAAGGAGCUAUACAGGGGACUCAACCCUGCAACACUGUCUGGAUGUAUAGACGUCAUCGUGGUCCGGCAGCCUGAUGGCUCACUGCAGUGCUCCCCCUUCCACGUCCGCUUCGGCAAGAUGGGUGUGCUGCGGUCCCGUGAGAAAGUGGUGGACAUAGAAAUUAAUGGCGAGCCGGUGAGUUUGCACAUGAAGCUGGGAGAGAAUGGAGAGGCCUUCUUCGUCAAAGAGACUGAGAACAGAAUGGAAAUAGUUCCGUCCUACCUAGCAACCUCACCCAUCAUGUCAAUGGGGGCAGAGUUAAUGGAGUCCCAGCUAGGCAGGGGCAGUUCUCGUCACCAUGACACCAUCCUGUGCAGCUCACUUCCUGUCCAGAGCCUGGGACUGCAGCAAAGUGAUAGCGUAAUGAUCAAGAAGAGGAGGAAGAGGAGGAGGAAGGCACGGCCAGAGGCAGGCAGCGGAGGAGGAGGGAGGAGAGAGGAGAGCGGGGAAGAGUUCUCGGAGGACCAGGACAUGUUUACUAUUGACUUGAGCUCGGAUGAAGAGAGAGAGGGUGAAAGCAGGCCUGUGUUUGGUGAUCAGGGGUCUACAGCCAACACGCACACACACCCCAGCACUAAUUGGAUCCGUUCACAGAGUCAAGUGGUUAAGGAGACUCUCUCCAUCCCUCCACACUGUGCUCUGUCUAUCUCCUGUCCUCAGCAGACUUCUCACUUCUCCUGCCCUGUUAGCAGCCCCGACAAUUCUAGGUCAUCAACACCGAAGAGUGACUCAGAGCUAACCAAUCAUCCGAACAAAGACAACCCUGAGAUGUUGUGGACCUGGGGGGAGCUGCCACAGGCUGCCCAGCCAUCCUUCCUGACUUCCCAGCAGAAGCAGGACCCUGCCACAGCAGUCUCCAUCCCGGUGUCUGCCAAAACUCACUUCAGAGCCAUUAGUGACACUGGACCCCCCUCACUCACUCUCUAUGCUGGGGAGACCGCUGCUCAUGGUGGGGACAAGGACACUGAAGAAAGCAAAAAUGGAGGCAGGGUCGGACUAACCACUAAGACUGGAGACAGGGCUGGAGGGAGAGAGUUGGAAAGUGUUGGGCCAUCGUGUGCAGAGAUGGAGGGCUUAACAGCCUGCCCAGUGUCUCCCAGGAUUCUUCUUGAUCAUCUUGACGAAGGUGGGAAUGGAGGAAGUCCCAUCAAAAGAACUGAUUCACCAUCCAAGAGGAAAGAAAAGAGAAGCCAACACCUUGGUGCUGAUGGGAUAUACCUUGAUGACAUUACAGAACUGGAGCCUGAAGUAGCUGCUCUCUACUUCCCUAAAAGUGACGGAGGCAGUAGCUCAAUGAGAGGGGACUCUGAGAUGCUGAUGAUGAUGGGAGUGCGGAGCGCUAAUCAGUCCCCAGUGGGAAGCAGUGGGAUGGACAGCGGCGUAGACAGUUUGUCCGACCAAGUAGGGGACCUGCCUCAUGUUGCUAUCUCUUUGUGCGGAGGACUUACUGACAACACGGAGAUCACAAGAGAGCAGUUCAAGGAGAGGGCAAUUUCCUACCAGCAGUUUUCUGAAAACCCUUCGAUUAUCGAUGACCCUAACCUGGUUGUCAAGAUAGGAAACAAGUACUACAACUGGAACACAGCAGCUCCUGUUAUGUUGGCCAUGCAGGUCUAUCAGAAACCACUGCCGCAGGCCUCAGUGGAGAACAUCAUGAAGGAGAAGAUGCCAAAGAAAGGAGGACGCUGGUGGUUCUCAUGGAGGAGCCGGAACAGUGACUCCAAAUCAGAUUCAGUGACAGAUGCAGGAAACUGUGGAGAGAACUCACUCACUAUGCCCUCACUGAACAGGAUGAAGGAUGAGUCAUCCUCUAGUGAUGAGGACAACAUAUUGUCCAAUCAGGCAUCAGGAUCCUGCCAGUCAGAGCCCCUUAUGACUUCUGGGAGCAUCUGUUAUAAGAAGACUCUUCGGCUCACCUCAGAGCAACUGGCUAGCCUGCAGUUGAAGGAGGGUCCGAAUGAUGUGGUGUUCAGUGUCACCACUCAGUAUCAGGGCACCUGCCGCUGCAAUGGAACAAUCUAUCUUUGGAGCUGGGAUGACAAGAUAGUCAUCUCCGAUAUAGAUGGAACCAUCACCAGGUCAGACACCCUGGGUCACAUCCUCCCCACACUGGGUAAAGACUGGACCCACCAGGGUAUUGCACGGCUCUACCACAAAGUCAGCCAAAAUGGAUAUAAAUUCAUGUACUGCUCGGCGAGGGCCAUUGGCAUGGCUGAUAUGACACGAGGCUACCUGCACUGGGUCAAUGAGAGGGGAACCAUGCUGCCAAUGGGCCCAGUGCUGCUUAGCCCCAGCAGUCUUUUUUCUGCCUUGCACAGGGAAGUGAUUGAGAAGAAACCUGAGAAGUUCAAGAUUGAGUGUCUCACAGACAUAAAGCACCUGUUCUACCCCAACACGGAACCAUUCUACGCUGCUUUUGGCAACAGAGCCACGGAUGUGUAUUCCUAUAAGGAGGUGGGUGUGCCUCUGAACAGGAUUUUCACUGUCAAUCCCAAAGGGGAGCUGAUACAGGAGCAUGCCAAAACCAAUAUCUCCUCCUUUGGGCGUCUGUGUGAGAUGGUCGACCAUGACUUCCCAGUCCUAGCUCGAGAUGAGGAAGCAGACUUACCCUGCUCUGACACCUUUGAUCAGUGCACCUACUGGAGCAAACAACUUCCUGAUGGCAGCAACCAGGAAGAAGACCCACAGCAACUUGAGACAAGCUGAUGAAACCCAAUGAAAAUCAGCACUGAGGGCGCUGCGUUCCAGCUUUUCUCCACAUAGCAGUCAGGCUGACACUGUGGUCAGUGGUUCCAAGAUUCAUUGCGAAGAUCAGCCCUGAUUCAGAGUGAAGGUGUUGAUUAUUUCAGAACUGUAACUGAUAAGUGAAUGAAGCUCUGUGGCUCCUUCAAGGAUCAAAUACCGUUUUUUUAAUUUCUUUUAAUUUUUUUUUAUUUAAGACAAGUAAUUGUGACUACUGAUUCAAAGUAAAUGAAUGUGUUUUCAAUAUCCCACAUAAACAAACCUUACCAUCAUUCAACCCGGAGAGCACAAGCAGACCUAACAGUUCAUUACAAAUAAGACUGCUGUGCCAGAAAAAAGAAAAGAAAAGCAUUUUUUUGGAAUUGUUUAGAGACGAGAGAACAAAAAAGCCCUGAUGAAUUUCAACAGCUGCAACUGAUGCUUCUGCCUGAGGAUUGCUCAACACAGAGUCACACAUCGCACAUUAGCAAGUGCACUGACUCACAGACACAAACACUUACAUGUAAGUAAAUUCGUAAAGACAUUCCAUAGAUAAUGCACAACAUUGCAGAACAUAAGUACAUUAUACCUCACUGUUUUUCAGCUCCAUAAGAGAUUCUUUUGACUGGUUUCCAUUCUGUCCUUCAUACCACACCACUCUUUAUCCACACUGGUAGAAAGAAACGCUGCCACACAAGAGGGUCAAAUUUAUUAUAUUUUUUUGCACCAAUAUUGCUUUGGUGUAAAUAUUUGGUCAUCCACCUGAUAACCAUUAUUUCUCAGAAUUCUAUGCAAAAAAACCUAUCUUAAAAUUAUUAACUGUCCCAAGUUGACCUAAGUAUUGGGUGUAGUCCACUCACCAUGUAUAUUAGAUAGGAAAUUAUUUAGCUGUACCACACAGAAUUUGUACACAAGCAGCCCUUCCACAUUGCCUACACAACUGGCUUCCACAAUUAAUAAUACAAUAUAAAUUGCAUAUACCAUUCAACUUUUCAGCUCUCAAAUCAGCCUUUUGGUCAUUUAAAAAAAAUCUUGUUCAAUAAAGAAUACUGUACCCAUCGCAUGCAAUAAAUUCACCAAAUAGAAGAGACUCUUGGUGGAAGUUUUAUAUACAGUAUGUGGCUGUAGUAAUCUUUUCUGACCUUGAGUGCAAUCGAUACAGCACAACACUUUGCACCAGAAACACCACAUGACAUUACUUACAAUAAAGCUAUCCAGAACAUGCAAAAAAUAGCACAGAUAGUGUAUCUAGUCAUCUUUCUGUGCCAAACUACUUUGCAGGUCCAACUAAAUGUGUGUGGUCUUCUGACCGUGUUACUGUGAAAGAUGUGGCUCUGGCACUUCUUCUAACUUGUGUUCAGUGACAAUACUCAAGUUAAAUGGAGGACAAUGCCAAUAACUUCUGUCUGUGUUCUUAUUGUCUGUUUUAUAUGUGCAAAUAACACCAGGGAUAGUAUAUAAAUCACUCAGAGUGGAUGCUAUUAUAAUGACUAAUGCUCAUCAGUGUAAGUACUGUAGAAGCCCAUACAGGACUGUGUUCAUAUAUUUUAAGUAUUGUAAAGUUGUUACUGCACAGAUCAGAUACUUUUACUUUUAUUUAUGCAGUAUAUAUAAAUACCGUAAGGUGUUCCCUUCACAUACAUAUAUUCUUUGUCAUUUGUUAUCAAAUGUUUUCAUCCAUUGAUCAAAUGACAUCUAUUGUACUGCAUUUAUGCGAGAUGGAAGCGUGUCUGUUUAUUUUUACUACAUGUCUAACUUAAAAUGGAGGAAACCACUGUAAAUAAUGAAUAACAUUCAUUUUUUGUGACCAUAUGAAGUCAACUAAAAAAAGCACUGCUAAUCUAUUGAGAGCUGAUAUAUUGUGUAAUACUGUGUUACUGGUGCUCAUUCAAACGCUUUAUUAUGAACCUCUUCUCAAACCAGCCGCCUCCCACUGCACUAAGAGGCGGCAGUUUCAGCAUGUGACCACUAAAG